UAAAUACACCAACUGCAUCCCUGACCAACCUGAAAUCCCCCCUGUCUCUGACAUCUUGACCACCAUGCCCGAGCCUGCAAAAGCCGCGCCCAAAAAGGGCUCGAAGAAAGCCGUUACUAAAUCUGCUAGCAAGGCUGGUAAAAAAAGGAAGAGGACCAGGAAGGAAAGCUACGCUAUCUACGUGUACAAGGUGCUGAAACAAGUGCAUCCCGAUACCGGAAUCUCCUCCAAGGCUAUGAGCAUCAUGAAUUCGUUCGUCAACGACAUCUUCGAGCGCAUCGCUUCGGAGGCUUCUCGUCUGGCGCACUACAACAAGCGCUCCACCAUUACAUCCAGAGAGAUUCAAACCGCCGUGCGACUCUUGUUGCCAGGCGAGCUGGCGAAGCACGCCGUGUCCGAGGGCACCAAGGCGGUCACCAAAUAUACCAGCUCCAAAUAGACUGAUCCGGUUUCGCCACGACCCAAAGGCUCUUUUAAGAGCCACACACUAUUUCGCAAGAGUUGGUUCAUUUCUGUCAUACUGUUUAUCAGGUUGUUUGUAUUGGUGUAUGUUUUGUUUUUUUUAUUAUCUG